GACGUGGCUUCCAAGAUGAAGGUGCUCGCCGAGUUUAUCGCCCGAGCACGAGUUUCGCAGCUCGACUCGUCACAUCAGGAGAAGGAGUUGGCCGUUCUCAAGUUCAUGGCUUGGACUGCGAAGCCUCAGGCUGUCCGUGAGAAGGAAGCCCUCGACGGGAUCAGCAAAGCAAAUGGGAAGCUGGAAGCAGUACGGCGUCAACAGCGGAACCUCGAGUUAGAGAUCUUGUUGCAGGAGUCGAACGUGAGGUACUGGACGGAUUUGCUCACAGAGGCUCGCAACUUGCCGCCCGAGUCGCCUAGCUCCGACGAGUAUGGACAUGACCGAAGGAAGGCCAUCACGGAGACCAGCGAGAUCACCUUGAUGCGUAAAUGGCUUGAGGAACAGAUGACGAUGCAGGGCCGUGCCAUCCAGCAGAUCAAGAAGAUCAGGGAGGAGUCUUACAAGCAGUUCGAGCACCACCAACGUCACCAGCUACACCUUGCCGAGAAGUUAGCCUACGACGCGCAGCGCAGGGAGCAUGACAAGACCCUCACCUACCAGCAGGAGAUUUCUGAGACUCAUGUCAUGAUGGAGCAGGCUGAGUCCACCAGGCGCAACCAGCGGGAGUACUGGGAGGCGCUCAAGGCACAGGAUGCGGAGAUGCAACAGCUCAAGAUCAUUAUGGAGACACUGAGCUCCUACGUUGUCAGCAACUGGAAGUGCAGCAGCUUCGUGAACAUCUACAAGCCAGUGAACGCAUCCAAGCUUUUGAAA